AAAUCUUUCCCAUCCAAAACAAGCCAUUUUGCUGCCAGACAAAGCACAGCCUGCCAGUUGUCGAAGAGGACAGUAAACUGCCUACAAUCUGCCUUUCCCUCCUGACAUCUUUUUUAUAACACUUAUUUGGAUUGAGUAGUUUUGUUUGCUGCUGUGCUGGAAGCAUCGUGUUUUGCCAGCCAGUUCUCCCAGCACAAGUUUGUGGGUCUGGAUUAUGGCCUCGGAGGCGGUGAAAGUGAUUGUGCGUUGCCGGCCUCUGAAUGAGCGCGAGAAGCAGAUUGGCUGCAAGAUGGUAGUCAGUAUGGACAGCACCCGUGGCCAGUGCUUCAUUCAUAACCCAUAUGCUUCAGACGACCCCCCAAAACAGUUCACCUUUGAUGGGGCAUAUUACAUAGACCAGAACACAGAAGAGAUCUAUAAUGAAAUUGCGUACCCACUCAUCGAGGGGGUUACAGAAGGCUACAAUGGUACCAUCUUUGCUUAUGGGCAGACAGGCAGUGGAAAGUCCUUUACCAUGCAAGGGGUCCUGGAGCCAUUUUCCCAGAAGGGCAUUAUUCCGAGAGCUUUUGAACACUUAUUUGAGAGUGUACAGUGUGCAGAAAACGCCAAGUUUUUGGUGAGGGCAUCUUACUUGGAGAUCUAUAAUGAAGAGAUCCGAGACCUCCUUGGUCCUAACACCAAACAAAAGCUUGAGCUGAAGGAGCACCCAGAGAAAGGUGUUUUUGUGAAGGGCCUCUCUCAGCACACUGUGCAUAGCAUUGCCCAGUGCGAGCGCAUCAUGGAGACAGGCUGGCGAAACCGUGCUGUGGGCUACACCCUGAUGAACAAAGACUCCUCCCGAUCCCACUCCAUCUUCACCAUCAACAUGGAGAUCUACGUUGUAGAUGAGAGAGGGCAAGAUUAUCUGAGGGCUGCAAAGCUCAACCUGGUGGACCUGGCUGGAAGUGAGAGACAAUCCAAAACCGGGGCUGUUGGUGAGCGCCUCAAAGAAGCUACAAAAAUCAACCUGUCCCUCUCAGCACUGGGCAAUGUCAUCUCGGCUCUGGCAGAUGGGCGGAGCAAGCACGUUCCCUACCGAGACUCCAAACUGACCCGGGUGCUGCAGGACUCUCUCGGAGGCAACACUAAGACACUCAUGAUAGCCUGUCUGUCUCCUGCUGACAACAACUAUGAUGAGUCUCUGAGCACCUUGCGGUAUGCUCACCGGGCAAAAAACAUCAAGAACAAGCCUUGCAUUAAUGAGGAUCCCAAGGACGCUCUGCUGAGGGAGUACCAGGAGGAAAUCAAGAAGUUGAAGGCAAUCUUGGCACAGCAGCAGAACAGCAGCAGCUGUCAAGAACUGUCUCUGCUUUUACCUUCUGAAGUUGCUAAACCUGAAGUGAAGACAGAACCUUCUCUGGAAUCCCAAGUAGAUGUUGAGAAAGAGAAACAGAAAAUCCGAGAAGAGUAUGAGGAGCGACUGGCCCGGCUGAAGGCUGACUAUGAAGCAGAACAAGAAUCUCGAGUCCGACUUGAAGAGGACAUCAAUGCCUUGAGGAAUGCAUUUGAACAGAAGUUCCAUACUUUAGAGGAGAACCUCAAGAAAGAAGCAGUAACCAGCCAAUCAGUGGAAGUUGCGACUGACCAAGACCUUUCAUCUCCAGGUCCAGCUGAAGAAAAGAUCGAUGUAUCAGCUAAGGCUCAGGAGUCUGAAGCCGUUGGGCAUCCUGCUCCUCCAGCUGCCCAGCCCACAGAGAAAACAGUCAGACCAGGGACACCUGGAACCGACGUUGCUGAUCAACUCCUAGUGCCUGUGGAUCAGCAGCAAGUGCUUGCCAGGUUGCAGAUGCUGGAGCAACAAGUGGUAGGAGGAGAACAAGCCAAAAACAAAGACCUGAAAGAAAAGCAUAAACGGCGCAAGAGAAUUGCGGAUGAGCGGAAGCAGCAGCUGCUGGCGGCUCUGCAGAAAUCAGAUGAGGACAGCAGUGACUGGGUCCUGCUCAAUGUCUAUGACUCUAUCCAGGAAGAAGUGCGAGCGAAAAGCAAAAUGCUGGAGAAGAUGAAGGAAAAGCUACGGGUUGCUGAGACCGAAAUCAAAGAUCUCCAGUCUGAAUUUGAACUGGAGAAGAUUGAUUAUUUGGCCACUAUCCGGCGCCAAGAACGGGAACUUCUGCUCCAUCAGCAGCUCUUGGACCAAGUGCAGCCACUGAUCCGACGGGAUUGCAAUUAUAGCAACUUUGAUAAAAUUAAACGCGAGUCCACCUGGGAUGAAGAAUCUGGCUUCUGGAAAAUCCCAGAGCCUGUCACUCAAAAGACCAGUCUUCCUGCUGCAGUGUCACAGACCAAAGCAGGCAGGAAGAGUUCAUCCUCAGACAAUGGAGAUGGAGGGACAAUGGAAGAAGAUCGCUAUAAAAUGAUGCUGAGCAAAAGUGACAGUGAGAAUAUCGCCACGAACUAUUUCCGCUCAAAACGGGCAAGCCAGAUUCUCAAUACUGAUCCCAUGAAAAGCCUUGCUUCUCAUAACUCCCCUCCUUUGAUGAACAACAACACCUCUAUCUUAACGUCCAGCUUGGCACCUAUGGUCCCAGCCCAGACAGUGGAGAUGCCCCAGCUGCGCCCUUUCCGCCUGGAGUCCUUGGAUUUCCCUUCUCCUUCAGCCAAAACAAAACGCAAGAAAAGCCGGAACAACCAGAGCGGAGAUCCCCUCUGACUUUGAGGGUUGUUGGUCUGCUUUCUGUUCUCUCUGGCCAACCUCCAGCCCUCCUAUCUUGGUGCU